AUGACUGCGAGCAAGAAACAACAGACCAAACGUAAAGUCGAAUCUUUACGAGUUACAGAUGAAAUCAUCACAUCUCUCACAUCCAUUAUAGAGUUAUAUGUUGAAUAUGUUACUCAUAACAUUCAACUUUUGAAUAAGUUUAUUGGUCACAUGCGCAGGGUUUCUACUUUGAGAUUUGAAAGAACUACCUUGAUCAAAUUUGUCAAAAAGUUAAGAUUUUACAAUGAAUCCUUACAGAAUAUCAACAUUAAGGAAUAUACUUCGGCACAUGAUGAUCUUUCUUUUAUAGUAGUCUUCUUUGGAUCAUUUUCCAUCAAGUUCUUAGAGACGCUUGAUCUAUUAAAAUACUUCUUCACUGAAUCACUACAAAAGGAAAUACUAUCCAAAACAUUGAACUCUGAUUUAACAUUAUCUAGCGAGACCAUUCUUAAUAUGGACAUCACAUACAACCAUUUCGUUAAAUUUACCCAAUGGAUGAUAGAAUCAAUAAAUUUACAAAACAAUCUAUUAAGUUUGGAAAUCAUUGAAUUUACAUUGAAGUGUGCUGCAGAAGAUGGGACAUCUCCAGAAGAGACAGAUAACAUUUUCCUUCAACAAGUAGCCACCGUAGAGGAUGAAGAAGAAUAUCAAUAUUUGAUGGAUCAAUGGUCACAAGUGUUGAGAGAAAAAGUCCAAGUUUUGGAAGAUUCAUUUGAAGUUGAUGCAGCUGUCUGGCAAGAAAAUCUUGGGAAGAUUAAGAAUUAG